GCCGUCAAACCUCACAGAAGAAGAAGAAGAAGCAGAUUAGCAUGACUAGCUAACAGAAGUGUCUACCUGUCUGAGUGAAAACACACUGCGGCCCCGCCUCUCGACAUGUCUGUGUUCAGGAGCAACUUGUGACGACUAACAGCAAGAUGAUGAACGACAUCAUGGAGGAGCCGGAGAAGGACAGCGUACCGGAAACACGAGUUCUGUCGGGCUCCAGUGGCGGGACGAGACCUAAGAACGCCGACGGAGGAAUCAGACCGGUGGAGAAAAGAGGACCUUACAUCAUGUCCAGAGCUCCUGCAAUCCACCUCAAAUUACAGAAACAUCGGGAAAUGGCGAGAAAGGCCCUGAAGAAGAAGGCGCUCUCCCCGGGACCCCCGGUGAUGCAUCAGCCCCGACAAGGAGCCAAGAGGACGGUGAAGUACAACAAAGGCUACGCCGCUUUGAGCCAGCACGCCGAGGAGAGUUUGGUGGCACUGGACUCGGACAGCGAUGAGGAAAUCGAUUUUGAGCAGUAUUCCUCCGGAUACUCUUCAGCCGAGGUCCAUCCUGAUUUAACCAAGCAGCUGCUUCAGGACGGCUACCGCCUGGACGAGAUCCCUGACGACGAGGACCUGGACUUGAUUCCGCCUAAAGCCAUGGGCUCCUCUGUGUGCUGCUGCUCUGAGGGCCCAUCCUGCUCCAUGCAGUGAUGCUGGAGCGGAGAAUCAGACGUUUGUAAAAGGUCUGGCUCCGGUUGAGUCACAGGUGCCUGUGGUCCUCCUUCUGACCCCGCUCACUGCUAUGCUGCCUGAGGACUUCCAGCUGAGAAGCCAAAACCCUGUUCAUGCAGGACUGCCUGCACCGAGCUCGCUCGACACACAUGACAACCCGAGGGCCCUGAGAACAAGCCUUAUCCACUGUGACCCCAAAGCUUCAAGUAUUUUUUUAUUUCUACGUUUUUCUUUUUAUGGAACUGAAUAUGAGUGAGUCAUUGUUUUCAGAUAUUUUACGUUAUUUUUAACCGAAUGAAGAGCCGGCUUCUGUCUUCUUCUGCUCUGGUGAACUGUCCUAACUGGACUGCAGCCCUCUGAAUGUGUCUGUAGUCCUGUUCUGCAGGCCCCUGAACUGGUCCGCAGCCUUCUGAACAGGUUUCAUGUUCCAGCCUUGUGGCCCGUUAUUAACUAACAUUGAUACGAGGACAUGUGACCUUUGACCUUCACUGAAGAGUGUUGCACUAUCUGGAUCUCCCUGUUUGUUUUUCUUCACCGUGUCCCGUCUCAAACAAGACAUUUGACUUUCAUUCCAAAGUGACAUCACCACCUCUAUGGUGGUAUAACCCCUACUCCACAUUAUCAGUAAACACACACCUGGGGCGCUGGUGGCACAGUGGUUAGUGCGCACGCACGCCCCAUGUAUGGAGGCUAAGGCCCCCACAUAAUAAUAAUAAUAAGCUUUAUUUCUGUUGUGCCAACAUAACACAUGAAAAAGAACGACAAAGAGGACCCAAGAGGAGAAAAGACAGGCAGAGGGAAGUCUGAAGAGAGAUCUCAGAAAGAGGACGCCAGGGGGCGGAGCCAUGAUCGGGGCGAGCACUCACCCCCGCCUGGUCGAGGCUGCUGCUCGACCUCCCCCUGCUCCCUCCUUUACAUCGUGUCCAAGUGAAACAUGAACUCCUUAAAUUAGAAGACGAGCCCGGUCGGGGAUCAUCGUCAACGUUGUUUCUGAUUGGACAGAAGAGCUCCUCCCACUUCUCCUUCUCGCCAUGAAGGAAUCGGCUUCAUGACGAGAAGGAGUCACCGGGACGAAAGCAGAAGGAAAGAGGGGACAUGAUGUUACACUGCUGCAGAAUCAGACGAGUUACUGAAGCGCCGCGAACGAUCGACCAAUGACGUCAUGGAAAUAAUUUACAUUCCAAACGUAUAAAAAAUCGACCAAUGAGAGACGAGAAGCUUCAGGAGGAGUCGGCGUCAAACGUUUGCUCCUGUGGUCAGACGUGGAAACACUCCUGAUUUAAGUUUAUUAUUUUUGAUUGAUUUUCUUAACGGAUCAUUUGGGAUUAUUAUAAAGAAUUUAUCUAUAGAUUUAUAUAUUCAGAUUAUUUUGUGUAUUUAGGAUCAAAACGCCGUCGAGGAUCCGAUCAGAUAAAACUCUGGAUGAAAGGAAAUCUGCGUUUGUGAUGAUGGCAGAUUAAAGAUUAGAGUCUUAUUUAUUUAUUUGGUUAAAGACGCUCUCUGCAGGAUUUACAGUUUGUGAUCCUCGUCUUUAAAAGAAGGAAUUCAUUACGUGGUCAUUUUAAGAUUAUUUAACAUGUAGAGGCGGGCGAUAUGGAAAAAAAUACAUUUUUUAUGGCGGUAUCACGAUCACGAUUUUAUCACGAUAUUUACUCACUCUGAUCUUAAAGAAAAUGUUUGUAAGUUACUGACCAGUUGAACGCCUUGUUUCCCCGUGUUACGUUUUAAAAAUGCUCAAAGACGCCGUGUCGGAGCGUCGACUGCAGCACGCUGCGGCCGAUCGUCACACCUCGAGCGACGUGUGAAAUGUGUUUCAGCAACAGAACUUUUAUUUUAAGCCGCUGACGAGCUCCACGAUUUUACAGUCUGAGAGCCGCAGUGCAUUGUGGGCCGGUUUAGUAUGACCAGUGUGCUCGUAAACAUCCGGGUAUUUCUCGCACACACAAAAUGCACGCUAUGAUUAUCGGAUCAUCCGACACACUUAAAGGCCGGGUUGGUCAUUUCCUUCAGAUCCAUUUUUUCAGAUUCUGGGUGAAAUUGUCUUUAUGUCCUGACAGACAUUAAUAACUCAUGUUCUCUGAAAAAGGAACAAAGAAAAUCCAUCAUCUGUAUCAGUUUGUAAGUCUGUAAAAACUUUGACCAAUGUCUGCCACGAGGUACCAAUCUGAUGAACCAAUCACACGCCUCCCUGUCUCCCUGCUCGCUCUAGCACACACUCAAAGCAUGAGCUGAGGUCCGCUUCUGGAGAAACGGCGCUCGUGUAGGGGGCGUGGCUUUAGAGGGAGCGCAGAGGGGAGGGGGCGGGUGCAGACGGAGCACUGAGGGAAUGCUACUUUCAAAAUCAUGCUAGUUUUAGAAAAUUACCAACCCUGCCUUUGAUGUGACGUCAUAUUGGACUGCGGUUUGGACGCAGCAACUUCAAACUAACCCCCCCUCCCCUGCUCACAUAAAUCACAUUUAUUUAUAAAUCAAACGUCCAGCUGUCUUAAAGGUUGGGAUAGAGACUCUAAGGAUGAACGUAGGGCUGCACGAUGUGCUCAGAGAUAACGACAUAAAUCACAACAACAGAGGAACAGUUUUCUGACUCGUUAACAUCCAGCGUGUUAUUUCAGUGAUUUGGAUUUUUGCACUUUGUCUUGUUGACAUUCUGAUGAUUUUGCGUUUAAUAGUGCAGCCCUGCGUGAACGUGCGGCGGCUGUCGUGCUCACCUGCAGACCACACGUUGUUGUUGUUUUUCUCACGCUGUGUUUGUUAUUGUCACGAGGCGUACCUCUCUCUCACGUCACUCAAAGAGCGACACGACAGAUUUCAGGAGAGGAAACAAAUCUGUGCAACAAAGUUUAAGAUGUAAAUGAAUAAACGCUGAGUCACUACACACACACACACACACACACACACACACACACACACACACACACACACACACACACACACACACACACACACACACAGAGAGUGAUUCCCUCGGCGUGUUUUUGAGGUGAAUGCUUUACCCGCCUCGGCCCCGGCUCUGCACCGUGUUCUUAUUGCACUGGACACCAGUGGUCAGUAGCAGGUUCACCUGACUCACCUGUUCUAUGCAACUGUCGGGACAAUCUGCGGUCUUAAUGAUGAUGAGGAUGAUUUAGUGUUACUGAGUGCUUCAUGCAAUAACUGAAAGAGUUUUAUAAACACUAGUGUGUGUGUGUUUUUUAUUUGAUUGUAAUGUUUAUCAGUUUACAUUAUUAAAUAAAGUUAUUAUCUAUU